AUGUCUAAUACCACGCCCACGACAGCUGCCGCUGCUUCGCGCACCAAUCUCGGACCCCUCACCACGACUUUCACGUACCCGUCGAGCUGCAACGUGGCGAUCCAGGGCUGCGCAACCUGCGAUUAUGGUUGGCAAGCUCAAACUUGCAGCGACAAUGCUUUUAAUGCACAGGGUGUCCAAGAUAAUCCUGAUUGCUGGCCUGCACGCGCGACCUCGGUGUCGACAGGUGUGGCCUUGAAUGGCUGGGGCUUUUACUCGCCUGGCAUCCAAUGUCCCGUGGGGUAUGCGACCUCGUGUGUCGCGACCGAAGGCGUUGCUGGUGGUUUCAAUUUUCAAUUCGAGCUGUUACCGAGUGAAACGGCGAUAGGAUGCUGCCCAACAGGAUUCCAGUGCAGUCAGAACUUCAACCGCGACACGGGACAAACGUGUAUCAGCGUCGGAAGCACUGGAUCCUUUGCCGCCGUCCAAUGCUCGUCUGGCCAGAGCGAGGGGUUCACCUACCUCGAUUUGCCCGCGACCGUCACAGAAACAGUCUCGAGUUCGGAAAGCGCCCUUAUCCUCGAAACUUUUACUCUCUCGGCGCCGCUCUUCCAACUCAACUUUCAGUCGUCCGAUCUGCCCUCGACAGUCACGGGACCCAUAACCAUCACAACUGACGCCACCACGUCCUCGGCCUCGACGUUUCCACAGACCGCAUCAUCCGCGAGUGGAGGGCUUUCGACAGGCGCAAAAGCAGGAAUUGGAGUCGGUGCUGGUCUUGCUGUUAUUGCACUCUUUGGUGCUCUUCUUUUUUACUUUUCCCGUCGGAGAAAAAGACCCGCUGAAUUGGCCGGGCCGUUACCUACGGAAACACCUAAACCGGAACUGGCUGGACAGGCAUAUACUGUUCCAACCGAACUUCACGCGAACCCAACAGCUCAGGAACUACCCGGGAACUCUUUACCUGUAUACAAGUGA